AGAAUUUCUAGCUGAUUUUGCCAUGGGACUGAAAUUAGACUUUAACAAUAGGUACUUAGUGCUGGACGCAUCCACCGAACUGCUUAAAUUCACAGCCAUCGAAAGUUCAGACUGCUGCAAUAGGAACUGUUUUCCCAAAAUGUGUAUUCCCAUAAAUAUGAAAAUAUUGACCUAUGGAAAGGAAUUAAGUCGGCCUGACAUUAUGGUCGAGAAGGACUGUUCGUGUACCAUGUUGUGCUUAAAUAGACCAACGAUUAAAAUGUAUGAAUUUUCAAACAAUAAUAAUAAGGAGCUAAUAGGGACAAUAAAAGCUCCCUUCAGUUGUUGCUCAUAUAAAUUUGAUUUAUAUGAUUCUGCUAUGAGGAAGAUUAUAUACAUGGAUGACACCUGUUGCCAGCUUAGUAUUUUAUUUCCCUGUCCAUGUGGUCCUUUUAAAUUUAGCAAUUUUUUUUUGCGAGAUGCAAAAACAAAUGAGAAGGUCGCUCAUUUGCAGAAGGAAGUUCCCUUCUUGAAAUUUGUAAAACGGGACAUCGACAACUAUACGCUCAACUUUGAAGAGGUGAAGAACCCCGAGUGGAAGAUGAUGCUCUUGGCCUUUUCGCUCUUUAUGGACUAUAUAUACUACGACAGGAAGUG